AUGAAAAGCAAUAAAAUUAUUAAACUAAUUUUGUGGUUUUUAUAUGGAGCCACUAUAAUUUUAAAGUGUUUAGGGCAAAACACUGAAAUAAUAGAUUGCACAAAUGAGGAAUUGGUAACCUCUAUAUUUAAUGAACCCAUAGAUUUAACUAUGCCUGGCAUAAUAAAAACUUAUGAAAAUGUUACAAUUAAUGAGAUUCUAUCAACCACCAAUAAUGAAUUUGAGCUUAAUUACAUUGAUGCCCGUUUGGAGACGAACAAUACGUAUGGUACCAAAAAUUUAAUACUUUUCACCACCGAAAAUUUCGAAAAUUAUGCCAAAGAACAAACGGCUAAUAGAAUUUCUUUGAAAAUUAAUUUAGGUUGUGGCAUGGGCAAAGAGAGAGUUGUGAUUUUCUUUCAACCUCUUAAAGAGGGCAACUAUUUUAGUCCCUUGUUUUCUAAGGCAACUUAUGAAUUGAUUAUACCCACACCCAUAUUUGCUGGUUUUGAUUUGACCGCUUUUCUAGAGAUAACAGCCAAAGAUGAUGAUCUGACACACAAUCAAAUUGCAUUUACAUCGAAUGAUUCAUCACAGCAUCACAUUAGAGUUGGCACUAAGAAUGUAACGAGUGCUGAUAAGAAGACCUAUUUUGCUAAUUUAACUUUGGAAAAGAUUUUGUUGGAAUUGCCGCAAGCAUUGCAGUUUGAAAUUGUUGCAACGGACAAUGGAGAUCCUCCUAAAAGUUCCAAGGCAUCCGUAAUAAUACGUUCUGAUCCCAAUCGUAGUUUGCCACCUAAACCUAAAUUUGCUCAAAAGCUCUAUAAAGGUUUAAUAAACCUUGACUUUACCAUGGAACCCAUUCUAAUACAACUUGCUAAUGGUACCUAUACACCAGAGGUUGAAUUUUCCCUGCAGGGAAUUAAUAUUCAGGGUUUUAAUUUAAGUGAUAAUAAAACUGGUUUAAUAGAGAUCACAUGGAAUCCAAACAAUUUAAAUAGAAGUGACAUACUAAAGCACAGAACUUGGGAAAUAGAAUUGAAAGCUGAGCACAAAAAUCUAGCAGAAGUGGAAAAGGCGAAUGUAAUGGUGGAAUUGGCGGAUUUUAAAAACUUUUUCCAUUUCGUUAGCUCCUACUACGAAGGUGACAUAGAUGAAUUGGGUGAAUUACAUAUAACACCCAUAAUUUUCAAUCCCUAUACAUACCAACCAGAUAUGCAAUUUAACCUUCAAACUUUACACGAUUUUUUCCACAUGUCUAUACAAAACUUUAGCAUACAACUGCAAUUAAAUAACAAUUUUACUUGGCAAGGCAUUGAUGACUUGGGCUAUUUAAAGCUGACAUUACAGGCGUCAUGGGAAAAUUUAUCUGCCAUGACGCAUAUCGUCAUAAAAUUGCCGCAAAUAAAAAACGAAACGCCACAACAGAUGUUUCAAUUUGAAAAGCCUCUAUAUGUGGGUCAACUAAAUGAAACAUAUGAAUUGGAUUUGGAAACAAUAGUUUUACAAACAGAUGUCAAAAAUACCCAAGAAAUUGAGUACAAUUUGAGUGGCAAUGACAGCCAUUGGUUUUAUAUAAUGCAAAAUGAAACGAAUUUACAAAUUAAAACGAUUUUGAAUCUUUUACCGCCACAAGAAGUUCAAUUGAAUAAAUCGUAUUUAUUGAUCUUGCAGGCGACGCAUAAUGAUCGCGAAACUUUUGCCAGUUUGGUGAUAAAUGUGCCUCAGCUUAUUAAGCAGGGAAAUAGUAAGAUAUUCUUAACUCCUUUAGUAAAGGGCAGAAUUUUAAUUAAUAAUUCUACGCAAAAUCUUUCUAUGGAAACUAUUUUUGUGGCUACUGAGUUUUGGGAAAAAUUUAAUGAUUUAAAAUUUCGUUUAAGAGGAGAUCAUUCUUUGCAUUUUGAUGUUAUGGAAAAUUUGACAAAUCAUUCCAUAGAUAUUAAGCUUAAAACUCCUUUAUCUGCUAAUAUUUUGGAGUCCAAACAAUAUCUUAAUUUGUCUUUACAAGCUUUGUUAACGGCACCAGAUGGAUUCAAUGAUACUUUAAUGGUUUUCAUUGAACUGCCAAUAAAAGUAUGUCCCACACCCGUUACACCUCUACCCGAUCCACCACAGUUUUCUAGCAGCAACUAUGUAUUUACCGCCUACACCAAUCAAACCGGUAUUUUGGGAAUAGUAAAUGCCUAUAGUAACGAUAGAAACGUCACUUUCCAUUACGUUUUAAACGUACAAAAUGAUCUAUUGGCCCAAAGACUUUCUAUAAAUCCCUUUACGGGAGAGAUAGGUCUGUAUGGCAUCAUUGAAGAAGGAAAUUAUCUCUUUAAUAUAACGGCCGAAAAUAUGGAGACUCGUGAGCGAGCAGUCGUCAAAGCUCUUUUAAAGGUGCAACCAAAAGAAGAGUGUAAGUUGUUUGAAGGAGUUGUGGUGGAGAAAACUUUAAUGAUACGUCAUGUGGAUGAAGAGAAGCCUUUUCAUGGUCUUAUGGAUCUGAAAUUUAAUGAGAAUUGCAGCUUUCAUAUUGUGGAUAUGUGGCCAAAUGAUAAGGAAUAUGUUCAUGUCAACUACAUUUUCAAUAUGUUAGAUGCCAUUGCAAUCGAUAGAGAAGAUGAGAUUUUCCAAAAUAUGACCGAACCACAAGUUAUGGUUAAACUAAGAUUAAAAUGUGACACAGAAAUUGAACAAGGAAACCUUACAAUAGAUAUACCAAAACCCAUGGAAAAUCGUGCUACACAAAUAACAUUAACCGACGACAUACCCUAUUCCCCCGACAUAAUGUGGCUUUAUAUAAAAAUCGAUGAUAUUAACGAUAAUCCUCCAGAAUUCAUAGGAUUACCACUUUAUUUGGGUUACCCAUCGGGUAAUGCUGCUUUGGAUAUUUAUCCCGAAUAUUUAACCAAAAUACAGGUUUUUGAUAAAGAUUUGGAUUUUAAUGCUAAAAUCAAAUUUAGCAUGAGAUAUAAUGCUUAUUUUGACAUUGAACCAAAAACGGGUAAAAUAUAUCCCAAGGAUAAAGUUCUAAGCAAAGAUCAACAAACGGAAUUAAUUGUAUUGGCUACUGAUCAGUAUGGUGAAGGUUUAAUGUCCGGUACGGUGGUAGUGGUAAAAGCUUUGAGUCCAGACUUUUAUAGUUUGGUAACACUGAAAGAGAAUUCUACUAAAACAAAAAAAGAAUUGGAACAUGAAUUAAGUCAACAAACUGGUUUCAAGAUAAAUGUUAUCAAAAUGUCCUAUGUGCCUCAAGUAACAAAACAGAGAUCGUUUACUAAUCAAAGUAUAAGCUGUAAAGCCUGGAUUUAUGGCUACCACAGGCAUCAGCUGGUGCCUUACAAAGAUCUGCAAGAACAAAUCCUGGUAAAAAAUCCCGAGGUUAAUAUAGUAAAUAUGGAAUCUUAUGAACAGGCAGCUUUGCAUUCCAAAACAAAACAUGACAACUCUAAUCUGGGUUAUUUAAUUGUCACAAUUCUACUCUCACUGAUUAGUGCAGCUUCCCUAAUCUUUAUUGUCUGGCACUUUUGUUACAAACCCACACUGAAUACUAAAUCUGAUACAAAGACUUCAUCCAGCUCUAAUGGAAAUGGUCAACAACAAAUCUCUGCAGAAUGUUCUCAUGGAUUUGAUAAUGCUGUAGAUUGUAUGGAGUGUAAUAAUCAUAAUGAGGAGAAUCAUCAUGUCAAGUUCAGUGAUCUUGUUGAAAAUGUCAUUGUUGAAGAAUCUCAAUCAAAAUGAUGAUAAUAAAUAGUAGAAUAAGUGAGAUAGAGAGAAAGUGUAAUUAAAUAAAAAUUAAGUGUUUUUAAAUUGGAAA